CAGCCCGCCGAUUCUCCAUGUGAACUACGUCACUAAAUCUGUGUACUUUAAUCCCAGGUUGCAUUACGAAUUGCAACUUCCGUUCUUUUAAUACGGCCAUAUUAACUGUUUCACAAGCACGUAGCCAACAUGCAGUUGUUUGUUCGAGCAACAGAGACUCACACCGUUGAGGUGACUGGAGAUGAAACUGUCGCAGCAGUUAAGAACUUGAUUUCCCAAAGAGAGGGAUUCUGUGCCGAUGACUUGAUGGUCAUGUAUGGGGGUAAACCCCUUGAAGGUGACUUCAAACUUGCAGCACUCAGUGAACUAUCAACCCUUGAUGUUGAAGUACGAAUGAUCGGAGGUAAAGUCCAUGGUUCUCUAGCUCGAGCUGGUAAAGUUAGAAGUCAAACCCCAAAGGUUGAUAAACAAGACAAAAAGAAGAAGAGAACCGGACGUGCAAAGAGACGAUCACAAUAUAACCGUCGAUUUUUAAAUGUUGUAGAAACAUUCGGUAGAAAGAGAGGUCCUAAUGCAAAUGCCGGAAAGUAAAAUGUAACAUAUAUUGAAAAUAAAAAAAAUGUGAAAUUAAGAA